AUGUAUUUACUUGAAGGCGGUGAUAGACGUCGUUAUAAUCUACCUUCAAAUGAUGAAGUUGCAGUUGUAUUUGUUGGCGAAGAUGGUGCUCCCCCAACUUUCAGGGAAGUUGUUAUUUACCCAAGAGGUCAUCCUUUAAAAAUUGUAUCAAAUCUUUUUAUAACUUUUACUUGCAACCCAAAAUGGCGUGAAGUAACAGAAAAUUUAUAUCCGGGUCAGAAUGCGAAUGAUAGACCUGAUUUGGUUACUCGAGUAUUUAAACUCAAGUUAAAUAACCUCCUCAAUGAUAUAUUCAAACAUGGUGUAUUAGGCAAAGUUGUAACGCAUGUUCAGGUUAUUGAGUUUCAAAAGCGUGGUUUGCCGCAUGCCCACAUUUUACUUCAUUUAGAAAAUGAUGAUAAACUUGAAACAUCACAGGAUAUCGAUAAUUUGAUUUGUGCAGAAAAUCCAGAUCCGAUAGUUAAUUGUGAACUUUAUGAUAUUAUCAAAACUUGCAUGAUUCACGGCCCAUGUGGGAUACUGAAUCCAAAUUCUCCCUGCAUGAAAGAUGGGGUGUGCAGCAAAAAAUAUCCUAAAGAUUUUAAUGCCAACACAGUAGCUGUUCACAAUGGUUAUCCGCGCUAUAGGCGUCGUGAUAAUGGGUUGGUUAUCAAUAUUAAAGGCAAUAAUGUUGAUAACCGUUGGGUGGUACCUUAUAAUCCUUGGUUAUCAAAGAAAUAUGAAGCCCACAUUAAUGUUGAAGCUUGCAUGUCUGUGAAGGCUGUUAAAUAUUUGUAUAAAUACAUAUACAAAGGGCAUGAUUGUGCGAAUGUUUUGAUAAAUGAACAGGUUAAUCACGAUGAAAUAAACACUUUCUUAGAUUGUCGUUAUGUUAGUGCACCUGAGGCGCUGUGGUGA